CCCACCCACCCACCAACCGUCACUCGUUUAUCGGUCCUCGUAUAUACGGUAUACACACAUUCAUUCAUUCAUUCAUUAAUUCAUUAAUUCGUUCAACCAUCAUCACCACUUUUUAAACAAACAACAAAAAAAAACGAAAAGUCAAAAUGCAGCCCCAAACACUCCUUCUCCUCCUCGCCUCGGCCGUCAUCCCCGCAAUGGCCGCCGCCCCCGACUGCGGCGGCGGACGCGCUCCUCCGAAGACCACAGUUCCGGGCUGCCCUGGAUACGUUGGCACUCUAAGCGCCACUUCCGAGUCCACCGCCGUUUCCGCGCCUACAACUUCGGCUACCGGCUCGACUGUCAGUGGUAGCUCUUACGCCUCCGUGACUCCUUCCCCAACGGGAACCGCUUAUUCGAGCAAGUCCUCGGCUUCGUCGUCCACUAUCAAGAUCUCUUCCCACCACGGCUCUGCCAAUGCUACCAGUACUACUAUUCGGGGCAGUGGGACGCGUGGGAAUGGGACUGCGACGGUCACGGGUCUUUCCAGCAGCAACAGCACUGGCUCUGGUUCCGUUUCCGGUUCUGGGUCUGGCAGUGGGUCCGGUAGUGGGAGUGGAUCUGGAACUGGUUCUGGCUCUGAGAGCGGAAGUGGAAGUGGAUCAGGAAGCUCCAGCUCCUCCGCCUCCUCAUCGAUCCCCACCAGCCAGUCGAAUAGUGCCGGAAGGGUCGUUGGUGGCAUUAGCGCUGUGGUAUUGGGUCUUGUCGGGGUGGUCGCGUUCGGGAUGAUCUAGGCAUUGGAUAUAUAUAAUAGAUGGAUAUACAGUUAUUGCAUGUAUAGAUAGUGUUUGUAUUUGCGGCCUUUUUGGUGGUUUAAAAUAAUAUUGAUAAUGGGGCUUUUUUUUCCCUCUCA